AUGUUGCGGCCGACAUCGUGUGGACCGGGGCCACCGUUGCCGCCACCACCUCCGCCACCUCCGCCACCGCCGCCAACGCUAUCAACUGCGGGCGGCCGCGUCAACAACAAGCGCUCACGGCUUGCGGGCAAAUGUGUUGAAACUGUGGCGCAAAAACAGCUAAAGUCAAUAGUUGUUGUGGCCGAAAGUGUGGCAGAGUCAAAAGCGAAAAUCGCAACAACAACAAGUAGUCGAGUCGAAGCAGCUGGCGAGCGCUUGGCUGCCAAUACUGCGGCUGAGCGAACUGAAGGAUUGCAGUCGGCCAAAGCUGAUGAUGUUUUUUGCAUACCAACAACAACAACAACAACAAUUUUGGAUUGCACAACAACAAAUUCAACCAAAGCGUAUACUACUGUAAUUGCCGAGAGCGCCAAACAAAACAAAAACAAUAACAAUUGGUCAAUUUUCAAAUUACCCAUGCUGCUGGCAACUGCCUGGGCAACAAUAACAACAACACUAACAGCGGCCAUCGCAAAAACCGACUUUGAGAGCAAAAGCGUUGCGAAGCAAGUAAAAAAUGCGACCGUCAUGGAGACGGCAACAGUUGGCGUUGUGAACACAACAACAGAAGCAGCAGCAGAAACAACAAAAAAAGCCGACGCAAAUGCUAAUUCGGAGUGUGCAAGAACAAUGGCAACAACAGCGCCAACCAUAAAAUGGCUGCUUAUGUGGCUAAUGCUUUUCGGCGUAAUGGCCCAGGCGCCCCAACAUCAAGUCGCUGCCGAGAAGAGCAAACACUAUUAUAUGCAAGCUCUGUGCAAGAAUCACUUUCUGCAGCAACUUUAUCGCAAAAUCGAUGGUGCUGUACUUUGGUCGCAGAACGAACGGAAUCUGGAUUGCAUCAUAACAUUCCAAACGCAUUCGAUAUUGCAACGUUUCAUGUUGCGCUUCGAUAUGUUGCAACUAGAUUGUAAUGAUCAUUUGUAUGUGUAUGAUGGAGCGCAUGCUGUUGCUACACCGAAGGUUGACAUCUCCUGCCGCAAUACCAAACAAACGGUCAGCUCUAUAUUGACACGCACAAACUUUGUCACACUCAAAUAUGUCACCGACAAUUGGGGUACAGAUGCGAAUGGUUUCAAGCUGGUCAUAACAUCGGUGAAGGAUCCAAAACACACCUGCAAUGAUUUCACCUGUGCAGCGCGUGAAUUUUGCAUAAGUCCGGAUUUACUCUGCGAUGGCAUUAAUCAUUGUGGUGACAAUUCUGAUGAAUCGGUGUGCCAAAGCGAAACAGCUGCUACGGUCUUCGGUGUCGACAUGACCUGGUUCGUGCUGAUCGUGGUCGGCAUUGUGCUUGUUUUAAGCGCCGUUAUUGUCGGCAUUUCGAUUUGCUUUUGCAGACGGCAGGAAGAAUCAAAUCUCAACCAGAAUACCGCAAUACAAAUGCAUCACACCGCCGAAACGAAUGGCUCAUCGAAGCAUUUACAUUAUCAUCAUGGCGGCACAUUGUCGCGCGAACACACACAACUGCCACCGACGUCGGGAAACUGGCAUCACCCUGCGGGACCUUACGGGUACCACCGCAUUCUACGCAACUUAUCGAAGAUGGCCACCAAAGUCCGUCCCAUUUGGUGCUUAGCAAAUUCCGUCAAUUAGGUCAAGAUCUUUCACAUACAAAUCCGGCCGCUGCCGCCGUCGCCGCUACGGCGGGACUCAAUCAAACGAACAUUUCUGUGGCUAAUCAAAAUGCCGCCGCCGCCGCAGCAGCUGCUGCAGCUGUUGGUGCUGCACAGAAGGAUGAAUGGUUCGUUUAGGUAGAGGCCGAGGUUCGAGGCUGAGCAAAAGCUUAAGUGAAGAGAUCAAUUAGACUAAAGGAAGAUGUUUUACUUAACAAUUUUAUAAUUAAAACAAGGAUUUUGCAUGGCAUUAAAUGAAGACUGUACAAAAUUUAACAACAACAAAUUUAGUGGACAUCUACGCGCAGGGUGAUCGUUAAGAGAUUUAUAGUACCCAAAUCUCUUGGCGUUGAGCACGAA